AUGGCCUCCUACCGUCUGGAGGCACCAAGGGCCCGACUCCCUCCGCUCCAGGUUGACAAGCCAUCGUCAUACUCAUCGUCGGAGCCCCUACUCUACAAUUUACCUGUCGCUCAUUCAACAUCACCGCCAACAUCUCGUCCAACAAGUCCUCGCUCCCCCAAGUCAAGGCUUACUUCUCCUACCUCCCCCACAUUUGCACGCUCAAGAACACCCAUAAGUGCUCGCCCAACUCCUUCCCCAACCGCACGCACUCGUUCCGCUACACCGAUAGGUGUCAGUUCCAGCGAGUUGGAUCAAUUUGCCGAAUAUUGUCGCGCUUGGUAUUUCGACCAAGACGAUAGCGCCGGUCGGUUGAUGACCCAAACUCUUGCCAAUCUUCCGUCUUCCCAGCGUGCUCCGUACUCCCGACUGCAAGCUUCUAUCCGCUCGGCUUUCCAUCGCUCCGUCAACGCCAGAAAAACUGCUGAAUUUCGCGCUACUCUAAGCGCAACACUUCCCGGUGCAAGCCUGACACCUCAUGCCCGAGCGAACCCUAACGGAAACGUGGCCAAGAAAGAACGCUACGAACGAUUUGAAAGAUUCGUUCGAACCUGGUGCUCCAUGGGUAUGCCAGGGCCACAGCCCUUCUUUCAAAGUCUUUGGGCCAUUAUGCGGCUACAGAUUGUACCAGAGACUAUUGGUGGUGCAGGUCAGAACGUUAUCAUGUGGGAAUUCAACGACGCCGUCUUUCGAGAGAGCGCUGGUCGGGACUUUAUGCUUGAUGCCAUCGACGUCCUGAAGGGUGUGCUGGCAUUUCAAGAAACUUCUUCUUCCAGGCGUGUUUCGGGCCUGCCUAAUGACUAUCAAGCCCCAACCAUUCACGCUCGUUCACAAUCACAACCCAUAUCCUCGAUCUCCCCGAAUGUUCAGCCGAAACGCGCUCGCGCCCCAAGUGACCCGUUUUUGGAUACGCCGACAGUCACCCAGUCGCUUUCCUCUUCUCCUUCGUCGAAUACCUCCGCUCUUCUCAGUAACCAGACGACACCUGAAGACCUCAUGCCCCAGCUGUCUUCUAACAUGACAGACGAUGCCGAAGAUCCGAUAGACGACGUUGACGAGGAGUAUCUUCGAAUAUGGACUUCACCAGAUCUGACCAACCCGGAAUUCGUGGACCUUUUAAAGGUGUUUCCCGCUUUCAUCACGCGUCGCACCCUACCCCGAUUCCCGGUCACAAUGGCCUCCAAGGAUGUUGAACAAGGCCUGAAUGAGCUGGAGGGCAAGACACUUCAAUUUGGCACUGGGACUAUGUGGGUGAGCUCCAUACCGCGGAGCGAGGGUUACCAAGGGGGGUUUUGGGCCCGGUUUAUUUUAUGGUGGAAGCAGGUCUUCUGCUAA